AUGAUGCGAUACGACCGAAGUCUUUCCGCUCUUCAACAGCAGCCAUCCGGAUCAACUGCGUUUGGAUGCGAGGAGCAGCUUGUUGCCAACUUUCAGAACGUCUCGAUUUUCGGAGACGAUCAUGAUUUGGCGGGAUUGGGCAUCGGCCAAUUGAACCCAUGGCAGUUCCCGUCGGCGAUGACUCGCUCCAACGGAUUCAGCGGAUCCGAUUCAUCGGCACCGUUGUCGCCGAAUUCGCAGCGCUCCUCAUUCGACAUGAAGAAGCAUUCCGAUGGUGGCGGCAGCGUUCGAAAUCUGCGGAUUUCGGAUUCGCAAACGUUCGACCCGAAUCGCAACAUUCGCAGCGGUCAUCCGUUGGCGCCACAGCGACACAUGGCGCCAUCAGUGGAAAGUAGAGGCGGCGGCCGUGGAAGGAAUCGCGGCACAAAGCAGAAAGCCGCAGCAAUGUCUGCCAUCAACCACCACCACCAUCAGCAGCAGCAGCAUCCGCCGGCGAAUCAGUGCUUUUCGACACAGCUCAAUCAGCCUCCGAAGCAGCAGCAAUCAGUUCAGUCUCAGCAGCCACCACAGCCGUCUCCAAAGUUGGCAGUCCACCAUCCCGGCAUGCGAGACAUCAUGUAUUGGCUGAAAAAGUUGCGACUUCACAAGUACACACCGUUGUUCGAGCAGCUGACUUAUAAGGAAAUGAUGGCUCUCGACGAGAAAACUCUCGAAGAGCUCAAUGUGACCACUGGGGCUCGCAAGAAAAUUCUGCAGACGAUCGAAAAACUCAAUUUUCGGUCGGAAACAUUGCGCAAUAUUGAGCGAGGUCUUCGUCGUCGCGAACAGUGCAUUCGGUGCGCAAUCUGCACGAUUCGUCAAAUGCUGUGGACGCCAUUCAUCGCGUUCGAGUCAACUGAUGCUUUCAAAAAGCACAAGUACUCGAAGGACGUGAUUGAAGGGAGUUCUGUGCCGAUGGACACGAUUCCCGACGACAAUCUUCCGGCUCUGAUCUUCCGCGUCGUCGAACUUCUUAACUCGAUUAUCUAUCCGAUCAAUCCGCGAUCUGAGGAUCUUGAGAAUGAGUAUUUGCUGACAACUUUCCAGAUUUUCGACAGCAUCAUGAAGAACGACCAAUUCACUACUUACCAGCAUCGUCGUGCUCUUUUCAUGAAGAAAACUGCUCGCACCUUCGUUUCGCCGGAAGAGAUGCGCAAACAGCGAAUGGGACUUGUUGUGAGCUCGCAAUGCGAGAGCUGCCAUAACACCGAAGUUGUGAAUCGCGAGCGAAUGCUCGAGAUUCGUGAGCGCGAGGCUCGUGGUGAUAAGCCGCUCGCUUCUCAUUGUCCUGAUCCGGUGAUCAGUGAAAUUCCGCCAACCGGACUCGACCAUCGCAUUCAGCAAAAGCGUCCGGCAGACGAUGAGAGCGGUGUGUUCGGAAACGCGAAAAUCGCCUCUUCGAGCUUCGACGCUUUCUCCGCUCCGUCGCCAUUCAAUUUCCGCAGCAUUUGGAGCACUGAUGCUGACGAUCACGAGCUUUUCAAGCCGUCCACUUCUGUCACCACACCAUUCGCAUUAUUCCCGCAAUAUCGUUCACCCACUCAUGCGGAUCCAUCGAAAAUCUACUCAUCCAAUGAUUUGGUCGAGCUCGCAAAGCCAGAAACUUUCGGAUUUCGUGGAUUCGAUUUUAACAUCUUCGAAGAUAUUCCUCAGUUCAAUGAUGUUCUGAACCGUCCACCGAUUCCGGAUCCAGUGAGUUCGGCAGAAGUGUCGAGCCAUAAGGCCAACUCGACAGGAAGUGCCUACUCGUCAUCGGAAAGCGAAUCGUCGGCCGUUGUCUCGCAUCGCGCUCGCGCCUUCUCGAAUGCCAAGGAAUCGACGACGACGGCAAUCUCGCAAUCGCCGAUCGACAUGAGUUUGAACACACUGCUCGUCUCGCCGCACUUCAAGUAUUUCCUGAACACCGGCGGACGCUCGAUUCAGCACUUCGAAUAG